AUGAACCCGGCUUUGCAUCCCGAUACUCCCCCUCCUCCUCCGCCGAAGCCAGGGAGUCAUGAGGCCAGUCGCAAAGGCACGCCCCAGGUCAACUCACCUGCACCAGGGACACCACAGCUGUUCCAGCAAGGCCAGUAUGGACCCGGCGGGACAACUCAACUAGGCAACCGAUAUCUAUCUUCCGACACUCCGAAUGCUGGAAAUGUCCUACCACAGCCUCCAACUAUCGAGGAAGGCUGGUUACCUGAAGGUGUAAAAGAGAAACCGACAGUAGAUCUACAAACUAUUCUGACAAGCCCUGACCUGAUAUCUGCGCUCUCCAGCCACCAUCCAUCCUACGCAGCGCAUCAACAAACCCUUCAAUCUCUCCUGAAAUACAACCAUGAUCUUGCGAAUCAUCUCCUCGAACUUCAAUCCCGAUUAGGUGACCUGCGCUCAUCAACGGAGAAACUUCUUCUGACACAUCAAUCGCUCGAGGUCUCGUGGCGCAAAAAGCAGUCGGAACUGGAUACGGCCCUGGCGCCCUGGUCGCCCAAGGCGCUGUAUCAACGACUCGCUGCGUCGAUUGCCGAGCAGGAAGCAGUAUGCCAAGCUGUGGAGGAAAGCUUCCUGGAAGAGGAACAACGUCAUGGGCGAGCAACCGAGAAGGAGGUAGGGGACUGGAUUCGACGGGUUCGAGCCGAGUCCGCCAAGUUGGAGGCAAGAAGAGAGGCCAAAUCAAGGUGGGAUGAGGGGAGAGUUGGGGGGUGGCGGUGA